GGGUCACGCAGUCUCUCUCCCUCCUCGGGGAGGAACUGCCGCGCUCCGGUUGAGUCCUCCGCCGGCCGGCGGGAGGGGCGGCGAGGGGGCUCCGGGCGCGCAGAGAACCGCGGGACCCAGCCCCGGAGGCCGCCCGCCGGGGGAACUCGCGCCCCCCGCCUCCGCCGGCUCCCGCCGCGCUCCAGACAAAACCCCAAUUCAGAGAGGUUGCGAGCGGCCAGGAGGAGGCUGAGCCCCUCGCCCGGAACUCGCCACCCCCGGCCGCCGCACGGUGGGCGCGAUGAGCCAGGUGCUGGGGAAGCCGCAGCUGGAAGACGAGGAAGACGAGGAGGAGGAUGAGCUGGUGGGGCUGGCGGACUACGGGGACGGGCCCGACUCCUCGGAUGCCGACCCGGACAGCGGGGCGGAGGAGGGAGUCCUGGACUUCAGCGAUCCCUUCAGCACUGAGGUGAAGCCGAGGAUCCUGCUCAUGGGCCUGAGGAGGAGCGGCAAGUCGUCGAUUCAGAAAGUGGUCUUUCACAAAAUGUCUCCCAACGAAACCCUGUUCUUGGAGAGCACGAAUAAGAUCUGCCGGGAAGAUGUUUCCAACAGCUCCUUUGUGAAUUUUCAGAUUUGGGACUUCCCAGGACAGAUUGACUUUUUUGACCCUACAUUUGACUAUGAGAUGAUCUUCCGGGGAACAGGAGCCCUGAUAUUUGUCAUAGACUCCCAGGACGACUACAUGGAGGCCCUGGCCCGGCUGCACCUCACGGUGACCAGGGCCUACAAAGUGAACACCGACAUCAACUUCGAGGUGUUCAUCCACAAAGUGGAUGGUCUGUCCGACGACCACAAAAUUGAAACCCAAAGAGAUAUUCAUCAGCGGGCAAACGAUGACCUCGCAGACGCUGGGUUAGAAAAGAUUCACCUCAGCUUUUAUCUGACAAGCAUAUAUGAUCAUUCAAUAUUUGAAGCUUUUAGCAAAGUGGUUCAGAAACUAAUUCCACAACUCCCCACCCUGGAGAACUUGCUAAACAUCUUUAUCUCUAAUUCUGGAAUUGAAAAGGCAUUUCUAUUUGAUGUGGUCAGUAAAAUUUAUAUUGCAACUGAUAGCACCCCAGUAGAUAUGCAAACCUAUGAGCUCUGCUGUGAUAUGAUUGAUGUGGUGAUUGACAUCUCUUGUAUUUAUGGUCUCAAAGAAGACGGAGCAGGAACCCCCUAUGACAAGGAAUCAACAGCCAUUAUAAAGCUGAAUAAUACCACAGUUCUUUAUUUAAAAGAGGUGACAAAGUUCCUGGCUCUUGUUUGCUUUGUCAGAGAGGAAAGCUUUGAAAGAAAAGGGCUUAUUGACUAUAAUUUUCAUUGCUUCCGGAAGGCCAUCCAUGAAGUUUUUGAGGUGAGAAUGAAGGUGGUGAAAUCGAGAAAGGUUCAGAAUCAACUGCAGAAGAAAAAAGGAACCACCCCCAACGGGACCCCUAGAGUGCUGCUGUAGGUGAGGUUUCAGGAACACCUUUUGAAAUCAGGCCUUUCAGUGAGGCUGCUGCACUGUGUUGCACUAAAGGAAGAGGAAGAAGAGAUUGGGACACAGAACAUAAAUUUGUUGUAAAAAUAAAAAUCCUGUGACCCUUUUGAUCUUUUCUUUUUUAAAUAAAGCAAGCACUUUGAAGCAAAAACUUGUAUACUAAUAGUGAAGUUAAAUCCACUGUAAUUUCAUGACAUAAAUGUACACUUUUAUGGUCUGUAGUCAGAACAAUCCUGUGUGAGAACUGCCAGGAACUGUAUAUAUUUUGCACUUUUUCAUUGAACUAAACUUUGAUAAAACUUUUGUAAGCUUUUUCUGUA